AUGUCCCUCGACGCCCCCACCUCCCCCUUCACCACCGACCCAACCGCCCGCCUCCUCAGCGCCUCCUGCCUCGACUUCCUCCUAAUAGAGCUCGUGCCCAUGGCCGAGCGCCUGGCAAAAGACCUCUCCAGCGCCGAGCACGCCCCGGACGACGACGAGCUGCGCGAAACCACCUUCUUCCGCCUCGAGACGCUGGGUUAUAGAGUUGGUCAGGGUCUUGCGGAGCGCUUCGCGCGAGACCGGCCUCGCUUCACGGAUAAUCUCGACGUGAUCAAGUUCCUAUGCAAGGAUUUGUGGACGGUUCUUUUCCGGAAACAGGUUGACAAUCUCAAGACGAAUCAUCGGGGAGUCUAUGUUCUGACGGAUAAUUCUUUCCGGCCGUUCGCGCGGAUGAGCAUGUCUGUUCGUAGUGAGGCGGUGUCGAUGGCUCAAGCGGUAAGCUACCUGACAUACGAGCGACCAGAGUAA